AUGAAUUCCACGAUGAGCGAGGAGCCCGACGCCCUCUCCGUCGUUAACCAGCUGCGUGACCUGGCAGCCGACCCGCUGAAUAGACGGGCCAUCGUCCAGGAUCAGGGGUGCCUGCCCGGGCUCAUUCUGUUCUUGGACCAUCCUAACCCUCCGGUUGUCCAUUCAGCUUUACUAGCUCUCCGCUACUUGGCAGAGUGCCGUGCCAACAGAGAAAAGAUGAAAAGUGAACUGGGUAUGAUGCUCAGCUUACAGAAUGUAAUACAAAAGACUACUACCCCAGGCGAGACUAAGCUUCUGGCUUCAGAGGUCUAUGACAUCCUACAGUCUUCCAACAUGUCAGACAUGGACAGUAUGAACGAGAUGAACUAUCGCCGACGGAAAGCGCAGUUUUUCUUGGGCAGCACAAAUAAACGUGCCAAGACAGUGGUUUUACAUAUAGAUGGCCUCGAUGACUCGUCUCGAAGGAAUCUUUGUGAAGAAGCCUUGUUGAAAAUUAAAGGUGUUAUUAGUUUUACGUUUCAAAUGGCUGUUCAAAGAUGUGUGGUCCGAAUUCGCUCCGACUUGAAGGCAGAGGCUUUGGCAACGGCAAUAGCAUCGACCAAAGUAAUGAAGGCACAGCAAGUCGUGAAAAGCGAAAGCGGAGAGGAGAUGCUGGUUCCGUUCCAAGAUACUCCGGUCGAAGUAGAGCAGAAUACAGAUCUACCUGAGUACUUACCAGAAGAUGAGAGCCCCAGCAAGGAACAGGAUAAAGCAGUGUCUCGAGUCGGGUCGCACCCCGAAGGUGCAGCAAGCUGGCUCAGCACAGCAGCAAACUUUUUAUCCCGAUCUUUCUACUGGUGACUUGUGUUUGGUGUUAAGAGACUGUGUGAACCAACAGGGGGGCCAGUUUUCCAUUGGUGUGGUGAACUGCCAAGUGCAAUUUGCAAUAAAUUACC